AUGCAAGGGGUGGAGGAUGAAGGAACUGGGUCCGUGGCGGAUUUUCGGAUUGAGGCGUCGCCCUCGCCCGACACGGGGCGGGAGCCGGCCUUAGGUGGGCCUGGCGGUGGGAGCGGGCCCAAAGUAGAAGUGAGUUGCCGCGAAAAGAGGGGCUGGGAGGGCGGUUACGGUAAGUUAAGAAGUAACGAGGGUCUCGCGCGGUAUAAGAUGCGGGAGCAUCCCGAAUGUGACGGUUGCAGGUUGUUAAAGGGGCGUGCCGGAGUUCUGGAAGACGGCCUGCAUAUCAUCAUGCGGAUAGCACCACGUGCUCAUUCUGCGGGAAUGGGUUGGCUGUACCGGCGCCUCAGAAUGCAUACGAGGUCGGAUCUGUGUGAGUGCGCGGUAAAGAAACUAUUGAAAGACGUUUCUGGUGAGGCGAAAAGGGAGGGCACGUAUGCACACCCCUCCUGGAGGUAUUUCACCCACUGGGACCUCAUGUUCGGCUAUGUUGGCUACGCGCCGGAAGGGGCUCUGGAAGAGGAAGUUAAAGCCUGGCUCGUCACUCCCCGGCACAUAGGAGAGGCAUUGAUCGAGAGCCGCUACCUAGGCAUGCUGUACACCGCGGCGAGGAGUUUCUUCAGAGAAGAGUGGACGCUCCCACAAUCCCUACCCACCAUUGAAGAGUGGGUGGCGGCGGGCAGAUGGAUGAGGGGGAAGGCGGGCACGGGUGGAUCUACGUUCAUCCGGAUCCAAGGUGCCCUUCGGAAGACCCGGGCGUACAAAGGGGUAGACGCGGCUCUAAAGACAGAUGAAGAAAUAGCCCUCGAAUUGACUGCCCCGAUGGAAGAGACAAUGGCUAUUGAUGAAAAAUCAUUUGAAAAUUUGAAAGACGAUGAUAUUUUACUUAAAGCUGCUUUGUUGUUAAUAAAAUCCGUCUUGAAAGCAGAAAAGAAAAAAUUACCUGAUAAUGUAACUGCGAAAAAUUUGGAGGAAAGAGAAAUAUCUGUACAAGAUCUACAGCACUACUUCACUUUGAUAGCCGUUAAAACUGCCAAGUCGCGAUGGAAACAACUAAGAAAUAACCAUCGGGAUGCCUUAAAAAGACAAAAUGCAACAAGGAGUGGACAGGCUAGAAAACAACGAAAGGAAUGGAAAUAUCAGAAAGCAAUGUCAUUUUUAUUGCCUUACAUGAGUAAUAGAGACCGGCCAACAAAUUUUGCGCCACUGAACGUCUCAGUAAUGGAAACUUCAAAUUCGCCAAAUACCAUUGAAGAGAGUUCAAGGGAAUCAUACAGUCUUUUACCAUCAAAUUCAAAUAAUCUUCCUUCUAUCGAUGAUCCUAAUGAUUCAACAGCUUCUGGGCCUCACCCAUCCACAUCCAAAAAAAGGAAAAAAGAUGAAAUUCUGGAACUUUUAAAAAAAAAUCAGGAACGCUGCGAACUGUUGGCACGAGAACGGAUAGAAGUUAAAAACAUGAUGUUAGCUAGUGAUAAGUACGAUAAUAUAGACUUAUUUUUUUUAAAUUUGGCUGCAUCGACAAAAAAACUACCGUAUCACUUACAACUUCAAAUUAAAAAAACCUGCUUUAAUGCGGUAAUGUCAGCUGAAGAAAGUAAUCUUCAGCAUAGUUGGUAUUCUCCGAAUAAUUAUGGUUAUUCUACAGGCUCAACACCUACACCAGAUAAUAUCAAUACUAGUAUCGAUACUCCUAGUGCUCCAAAUGAUAUCAACACUAGUAUCGAUACUCCUAGUGCUCCAAAUGAUAUCAACACUAGUAUUAAUAUUCCUAGUGCUCUAGAUACUAUCAACACUAGUAUCAAUAAUCCUAGCGCUUUACAAAUUCAAACAAUCCAGGAUAUUGAAACAUCUGCAGCAGAGCCAACAGGACCCAAUGAAAAUGCGGACAACUUUGAGACAGAUUAUGAUUUUUAA